CCUAGCUGCAAUUGCUCUAGAUUUGCUAGUUCUUCACCCAUGGUGGAUUGAUCCUUAGGGUCUGAGCCACUCGGCCAAGGCAUUGGCGGAUGAUUGAUGCAAAUCCCCGCAUUUGGGUGACAACUUCAAAACCGCCUUCGCCGAUUGAGAACAAUGUUACUUGACAGAUCAUUUUUGUAAAGUUGAAAGCAAAAUUAUUUGCAGUAACUUUCUAAUUCGCAUUGUUCCCUCUAAAAUAUAUUUGGGAUUUGGGAUAUAAUAAUAAAUUUCUUUAAUAUAAGUUUCUAAUAUUAUAUUUCGGGAUAAGAGCAGCCCACUAUCCGAAGUUCCAAACACCCGCAUUGGAAAUAUUGUGCUAAAAAAAAAAAGAAGAAAAAAAAGAAAAUUUCACAAAUAUUUCAGUUUUUUAGUUCGACAGUGUCGACUUGGCGAGAAGGACUGGAACGAAUCAGUUUGGUUUUGUUUCCACUUAAGAGGCUGGUUCGUAGUAGAAGGAUGGUUUUGGUGUUAGCAAUAGGGGACCUUCAUAUUCCUCACAGGGCACCUGAUCUGCCUCCAAAGUUCAAGUCCAUGCUUGUACCUGGAAAGAUUCAGCACAUCAUUUGCACUGGCAAUCUCUGUAUCAAAGAAGUUCAUGAUUACUUCAAGAGUCUUUGUCCUGAUUUGCAUAUUACUCGAGGUGAAUAUGAUGAGGAUUACCGUUAUCCAGAGAACAAAACACUGACAAUCGGUCAGUUCAAGCUUGGGAUAUGCCAUGGACACCAGGUCAUUCCAUGGGGGGAUUUGGAUUCACUAGCAAUGCUACAAAGGCAAUUGGAUGUUGAUAUCCUCGUAACUGGUCACACCCAUCAGUUCAAAGCAUACAAGCAUGAGGGUGGUGUCGUCAUAAAUCCUGGCUCUGCCACUGGUGCAUAUAGUAGUUUCACAUACGAUGUAAACCCAAGCUUUGUGCUCAUGGACAUCGAUGGCUUGCGUGUUGUGGUAUAUGUGUAUGAACUUAUUGAUGGUGAAGUUAAGGUCGACAAAAUUGAUUUUAAGAAGACACCCACCACUCGCUCAGCACAUUAACCGAUUAAUUCCUUUGCUGAUGGCUUUUGCUGUUGGAUGUUGUUGCCCUGUUCCAUUUGAACCAAUGAUGAAUUUAAUUAGUUAAUCUGGUUGAGAAGCUUAAUUUCUUUGUAUCUCAUCAGUGACACAUUCUUAAAGAAUUUGGUCUGAGGUGAACUGAAGAGUAUGGUUUUCUAUUUUGUUCCUAUUUUUGUUCUGUCCUUUUAAAUUUAGUUAGAUAUAUACUUGAAGCAUUGUAGUAACUUAAAAUGCUUGGGAUUUCCUAC